AUGAGCCUCGCGGACCCUGACUUUUGGACCUGCGCUGCGGAUGGCGGCUGGCACAGCAUGCGGGAGAUGGACGCCCGCUUCAUGAUGUAUGAGGAGACGAGCCCUGUGCGCACCUCGCUGGCCCGGCUCGCGGGGCUGCUCCCGAUCUGGCAGAGCCGCGCCACCGGCCUCACGGACGGGGAGUUGGUGCGGCCCGGGCAGCGGUGCCCCGCAGGUGAGAUUUUCUUUAUGCUGCUGGACAUCAUCGUUGUCAACACUGGCCUGAUGCGCGAUCAACUGAAGCCGAAGGAUGACAACAUCAUAGAUACGGCUGCGGUGCUGAAGACGCUGCAGGUGCUUCAGGUGCGCGCGCCUUCCUACGAGGCCGUGCUGAGUUCUGGCUGGCCCUUGUUUGGCAUGCUGGUGAUUUUGCAGGAGGGCCUCUUCCGCUUGGGGCGCCUCGCUGCGCACCAGUCCCGCAGUUUGCUGGGGCACUGGGGGGACAUGGCGACGGUGUGCCAGGAGGCGCUUCCGCUGCACGGCUUUCUGAUGGCCUGGCUGAACACGGAAUCCGAGCCUGGCGCGGCCUUCUUGCCGCUGCUGCCGCCGGGCGCCCGGCAUGAGGCCACCGCGCUGAAGCAGCGGAUCUACUACGAGGAUUUGUGUGGCCAGGAUCCGAGCGCAGUGGCGGCAGCUAGACUGGUUUCCAGCGGCCUGCUGCCAGAGGCGAAGUGGAAUGUCACAGGCUGGCGGCAGGGCUAUCGCAGGCUUUCCAGUUUGCUGGACCAUGCACUGGUGCCGGCCGGUUGGGGCCGGUUGCUUUUCUCAGGCUGGCCUCUCCUCGCGAUCCUGCACCGCCUGCAGGAGGCUUAUGUCCGGGAGGCGUUGUGCAGCGACGUAGAGCCGUAUGCAUAUGCCAUCCCAAGCGUCGCUGAUCCCUUGAGUGUGUGGGUCUGUGUACGGCGAAGAGCUGACAUUGUGGACGAACGCUGGCGGAUGGAAGGAUCUUUCCCAGACUGCGGGCAUAUCGUUCGAGCAACAAGAGAGAUCUCGACUCGGCCCUGCUAUUUCAUCGACGUAGGAGCCAAUCUCGGCGGCUGUGCCUUGAUGCUGGGAAGGGACGGGCACGAGGUGUUGGCCAUCGAAGCCGUGCCGGCGCUGGCGUCGCUGCUCAAGGCCUCGGUGCUGCGCAACGGGCUGACGAACGUGGAGGUGCUGCAGGUGGCGGUGGGAGGACGGAGCGCCCAGCAAGCACUGCACUGCUCGGAGGGGCACAGUGCCAUAUGCCACGUGCUCCCAGAGACUGACGAGCAAAGUGUGAAGGUUGCGACAGUGACCUUGGACUCUCUUGUGAGCGCGGCGUGCGCGGUGAAGAUCGAUGUGGAGGGCUCCGAGUACGAAGUUUUGAAGGGAGCCACGAAGAUCCUGCAGUCCCAUCCCCACCUCUUCCUGGAGCUGCAUCCCUACGAGCUGCGUGAGCGCUGGAGCUCCAGCGCUGAUGUCUUUGAUAUCAUUUUGGAGAACGGCUAUGACACCUUUGAAAGUCCUGGUUGUACUGCAGCCUUGCAUGGAGACUUGUGGAAAGGGAACGGCACCUACGGCCACGCUCGCUGGGCAAGGGGUGCCAUUCUGGUCCCCGGCGUCCAGCUGCCACCCAUCCCGGGCCCCUGUGACUGCGAGCGUGAGUGUCACCUCAGACUUCUUCCAGAUCCCAGUCGCAGCGCGCUGAGAGGCAACUGCCGAUGUUGGGAUUUCGACCCCCACAGAGAGCUCUGCACGCUGUAUAGAAGCUGCGGCACAGGGCUGGGCGAUGCGCUGGAGGUGGCGCCAGGAUGGUUCGCCGGAGAGCUGAGCGGCAAUUGGCACAUCUCCUUCAGCGGAUCAGCUUUUACCCGCAUUGUCCUGAACGGAAAAGCCGUGAAAAGCCAGCACAUCAUACCGUUGGCAGAACCAGACGGACGUCAGCUGGCAAUGACCUACUUGGAUAUCCACGCGACGCCGGAUAUGUCUGUCUUUGCCGAUGAGGCGCAGGUGGCCCGGGGGGUGGCUGCUACCCUCAGCAUCCUCGGCGAGGAUGUCACGCCGGAGCAACUGUUGAAACUCUUGCACACAAACCUCCUUCAGUCCCAGGCGAUCUUCGGGUGCGCCAUCGCUUUUGAGCCGGACAGCUACCCCUGGAACAGCAGCUCUGGCUCUGUGAGCCCGCAACAUCCGGCGCUCAGCUCCGGGGUGAGCAGCGGAAACGGCUCCACCUGGGCCAACCUGACGGAGCCCUGGACGUUGCCCCAAACGGAGCUUUGGCAUGGAGAGAAGCGGGUGCUUUACGGGCCCUACGUGACCCAAACCGGGAUCUCCAUGGACUUGGCCAACGCCUAUAAUUAUUUCGGCCCCAACGAGGAGUGGUACCACGCAUGUCGGUCACACUUUCUGGAGGGAGGCAUGGAGUUCCUGACGGGGAUGUGGGGGUCUCCGUACUUUGAUGAGGGGGCCGGCAACAUCGAGAUGGUGACCUAUUCAGUGCCCUUCACCCGCAGCACCCCGGUGCCAAAGGUGACGGCGCCGGCAGGGAUGGACUUGCCCUUUGGCAUGCCGGAGAACAGGAAGCUGCAGACUCCUCUCGGGGAGCAUUUUUUUUGGGGUGUUGCAACGGUCGAUAUCGAUCUGAACAUGAUCAAAUUCAGAUGCGGAACAGGGCAAGUCUUCGAUGCGGGGAGGAACAGGUGCAAGAUGUGCCCUUUAGGCACCAGGAUGCGGAACUCCAGCUGCGAGGUGUGUGAGGAGUAUCAAGGGUCUGUGGAAGACCGAUCCGAGUGUCUCUUCAAUGUCUUCUAUCUGAUUCAUGCGCUGAACUUUCAUUUCUGGCUCGCCCUUGGGCUGAUCUCGCUUGGCUCUCGGAUUCAGCACAACUUUUAUUUGCUGCAAGUGAGCCACGAGAAAGGAGGCUUGGUGCUUCAUUUCUGCAACAAGCACUGUUUGCACCUGAGCACAAACCGGGCACAGCAGCUGCCAACGCUUCGAGUGCACCUAUCUGGGUGCCGGCUCUUAGACAAGCCAGCCAGGCCGCUGAAAUUCAAGGUCGUGGGAGAGUCUCAGGUGUUGAUCGUUUGCGAGGAGGAGAACAAGGAGAUGUUCAACAUCGACGAGAUGUGCAACAUAGCGGGCUACGCACGGUUCCCGCUCUGGUGGGAAUUGAUGCACAUCACCUUUUGCCGAAUUCCAAUGCUGCUGUAUUUUCUCCUCAUGCUAGCCAUUAUCUUGUCAGUGAUGCUGUUGUGGGUCUUCAGCGGGGUGUCUCUUGUCACUGUCCUGGCGAGCACGGGGUGUGUGCUGGUUGUAUCCGUCCUCGUCGUCCUGGCCAUCCGAAAAGCGCGGGCAGCCACCGCCCACAGCAAGCAGAGGAGGAGGAAGGAGCUGCUGGCCGAGAAGGAGCUGAUCCAAAAGUUCUCGGAGGCCUGCUGGGAGGCGAACCAGCAGCUGGAGCAUGAGGCCCGAGUGGCACUGCUACACGUGGGCUGGACCGAGGAGGAUUUGGACGAGCUGACAUACCGCACAUUGAAGUGCCAAAGCCAGGAAGCAGGGGUGAGUGUUGCCUACCUGCUCUCUGAUCCGUUCCUGAAUUUGGCGCGCGUACGCAGUAAAGAGACGAACCCUAGCUUCUACACCCUAAAAGACGUCUUCUUCUUCGGAGAUGAUCCCAUCGGCAAGAACAUCCCAUGUCCACGUGAUGGGCGGCUUGGCUGUGCGCUGGUGGAUACGCUGCCUAGGCAUCACCGGCAGCAGUGUACUCACUACUUGUCCUGGACAUGGAAAUACACGGUGGGCACUGUGCAGGAUGCGCUGGAUUUUUGGCUAGAGGAGACGCAGCUCAAUUCCCGGAGAGUCUUCUUAUAUAUGUGCUUCUUUGUGAACAAUCAAUACCGGAUUUUGUACGAGUGUGACGGGGCCGGAAGCGCGAAUCUGGAAGAUGUUUUUGAAGCAACCCUGAAUCGCAUUGGUGAGAUGGUGGCAAUCCUGGAUGACUGGCGCAGCCCAGUAUACCUGACCAGGAUUUGGACGAUUUUCGAGCAGUUCACUGCAAUCAAGUUGGGCGAUGUGCCCGUUACUAUUGUUCUACCCAGCGAGCAAAAUGGUUCGUUGAUUUCUCAGAUUCGGGAAGGCGAGGAUGGCAUUCUUCAGGUCACGCAGUCUCUUUGUGCUUUCGAGUCAGCCAAUGCGACAGCUUUUUCUCCACAAGACGAGCGAAAGGUGAAAUCCUUGAUUGAGGACACCAUAGGAUUCGAGGAGGUUGAUUCUCGGAUCAAGACAUUUAUGCUGGACUGGGUUGGAAAUGUGGUGCAAGAGUAUAUGAAGUCGCUGAUGUCCCGCUCUGGCCACCUUUCUCCGGUCGUGAAGAAAGUGAGGUCCCGGAAUUCGCGUCGGAGAUCCGACCCUCUGGACUUCGCAGCCCUCCCAGACUUGUCGAUUUAG